UGGGCCAACAUGGGUGUCCAAGCACUCCAACCAACGCUGGGGCUCGUGUACCUGUCACUGCUGGCCGGCUCGCUCGCUCAGACAGUAAACAUUAUCCCUCCUCUGCACACAUUAAACCUGGAUUCAGCUAAUACGUCUCACAUUGGGCGAGUGUGCACGACAUGGGGCCACUAUCACUUCAAGACCUUCGACGGAGACUUCUUCCAGCUGCCCUCCACCUGCAACCACGUCCUGGUCUCGCAGUGUAAGGGCGGCUACGAAAACUUCAUAGUCCAGAUGAGACGCAGCGUGACGGACAACAUCCCGAGCAUCAGCAGCAUCGUCAUGAAGCUGGACGGGUCUGUGGUGGAGCUCUCCAAAGACUCAGUGGCUGUCGACGGAGAAACGGUGUCUCUUCCACUCGUCUCCUUCGGAAUGUCCAUCAAAGGGACCCAAUCAAGUGUUGUUGUUGAAGCGAAGCUUGGACUCAAGAUGAUCUGGAACCUGGACGACUCCUUGGACAUUGAAAUAGAUAAUAAAUAUUUAAACCAAACAUGUGGACUGUGUGGAAACUUUGAUGGAGAAUCCAAUGAUUUCAUGAAAGAUGGGGCCCUGCUGUCGGUGGUGGACUACGCCGACUCCUACAAGGUGACCGGGCCCACGGAGAGCUGUGACGAGCCUGAACCCACGCCCGUCCAGAGCUGUGGCCAUGAUGAGGUCGUCUGUGACCAGACCUUCUCCAGCGAUGCAUUCAGCAGUUGCCAGGACCUUCUGGAUAUGGGAUCCUUUAGUAAAGCCUGCACGGCAGAUAUUUGCAACUCGAAGAACAACCAGGACUUUGCCCUCUGCAGAACCAUCUCCGAGUUCUCCAGACAGUGUGUCCAUGCGGGGGGCCGGCCCCAACAGUGGAGGAAUGAAACCUUCUGCUACAAGGAAUGUCCGUACAACAUGGAGUUUCUUGAGUGCGGCAGCUCGUGUCCCGACAGCUGCUCCAACCCUCAGGCCAGCCAGACGUGUGACGGCCACUGCCAGGACGGCUGCAGCUGCCCCGCCGGAACGGUCUUCGACGACAUCGGGAACUCAGGCUGCGUGGACGUCGCUCAGUGUCCGUGUCAACACAACAACCACAUCUACGUGUCAGGACAGUCUUACACUCACAACUGCAGAUCCUGUGUCUGUGAGAGCGGUCACUGGACGUGUACGGAGGACGACUGCCCCGGGACCUGCUCCGUGGAGGGAGGAGCUCACGUCAACACCUUCGAUGGAAAGGUCUACACCUUUCACGGCGAUUGCUCUUACGUUCUGGCAAAGGUAGAUAACAGCUCUACGUACACCGUGCUGGUGGAGCUGGUCCGGUGCGGUCUGGGAGACAGUCGGACCUGCGUCAGGGCCGUCACUCUGGCCUUGUACGGCGACUCUGUGGUCCUUAAAGUUCAAGCAUCUGGGCAGGUCCACAUCAACCAGAUUCCUUCUCAGCUUCCCUUGUUCACACCUCAGCUGAGUGUCUUCAGACCGUCUUCAUUCUACAUCUUCAUCAGCACCCAGAUGGGCAUCCAGGUGAUGGUGCAACUGUCCCCUAUAAUGCAGGUUUUCGUUACGGCUCAUACGUCACUCAAGGGAACUACGUCUGGUUUGUGUGGGAACUUCAACAACAUCAUGAGCGACGACUUUAAGGUGAUUAGUGGGCUGGUGGAAGGAACCGCUGCAGUGUUUGCCAACACCUGGAAAACAGCAGCCAGCUGCCCGGACAUCACCACACGCUUUGGACACCCCUGCAGCCAGGACAUCAGCAGAGAGAGUUAUGCUCAGUACUGGUGCUCCAAACUCACCGACCCCCAGGGACCGUUUGCCUCCUGCCACCACGUCGUCAGCCCCCUCACAUUCAAAGAUAACUGCAUGUAUGACAGCUGUAACUGUGAGAAGAGUGAGGACUGCAUGUGUGCCGCGGUCUCCUCAUACGUCUACGCCUGCUCGGCUGCAGGAGUCAGCAUCGGCGGCUGGAGGGAAACCAUCUGUGGAAAGUUCAGUGAAUCGUGCCCGGCGGGCACGGUGUACGACUACAACAUGACCUGUUGUGGUCGCACGUGCCGCUCCCUCAGCCACGCUGACUACUCCUGCAAGGAAAGCCUGCCGGCGCUGGACGGGUGCGGCUGCGCUCAGGGAACCUACAUGAACGAGGAGGGUCGGUGUGUGUCCGAGGCCAGCUGUCCUUGCUACGACAAAGACAACAUCAUUCCAGCUGGACAAGCUGUCGUCAGAGACGGCACCACAUGUGUCUGCAGGCGUGGAGCUCUGAGCUGCCAUGGAGGAACCCAGCAACAAACCUCCACGUCAUGCGUUGCCCCUAUGACCUACUUUGAAUGCUCCACUGCUCAACUGGGGACCACUGGGACGGAGUGUCAGAAGAGCUGCAGCACUUUGGACAUGCCUUGUAUCAGCACAGGCUGCACAUCGGGCUGCGUCUGCCCAGACGGCCUGGUGUCGGACGGAGCAGGCGGCUGCAUAAACGAGACGAGCUGUCCAUGCGUGCACAACGGACAGGUGUACCAGCCGGGAGAGACGCUGACGGUGGACUGCAACACCUGCUCAUGCAGCGGGAGGAAGUUCACGUGCACCACCAAUGUGUGUGAUGGAGUGUGUGGCAUCUAUGGAGAUGGUCACUACGUUACAUUUGAUGAUAAGAGGUUUGACUUCAGCGGACAGUGUGAAUAUACACUCCUCCAGGACUCCUGCGGUGCAGGUCUGGGCGAGGGAAGCUUCGCCAUCAUCAGUGAGAACGUCCCAUGUGGAACCACAGGAACCACCUGCUCCAAAACCAUCAAGAUCUUCCUGGGGGAUAAUGAGUUCCAGUUGAAAGAGGACCAUUUCCAUGUGAUAAAGGGGAGCGUCCAGGUGCUUCCUUCUCAGAUACAGAGAAUGGGUAUUUACUUGGUGGUGACGAUCAAGCCGGGGCUGGUGCUCACGUGGGACCUGAAGACCAGCCUGUUCAUCACACUCAGCGCACACUUCCAGGGUCAGGUGUGUGGUCUCUGCGGUAACUACGAUGGAAACAGCAGGAAUGAUUUCACCACGCGCUCUCAGGAGACAGUGACAGAUGUGCUUGAGUUCGGUCAGAGUUGGAAAGUGUCGUCCAGCUGCCCUGACGCGCAGCUGAUCCAGGAUCCCUGCGCUUCCAACCGCUACCGGGCCGCCUGGUCCCAGAAACAGUGCAGCAUCAUCACCAGCAGCACCUUCCAGAGCUGCCACUCCAAGGUCGACCCUGGUCCGUACUUUGACUCGUGUGUGAGAGACUCCUGUGCUUGUGACACCGGUGGGGACUGUGAGUGUCUCUGUACGGCCGUGGCCGCGUACGCUAAAGCCUGCAGCGCAGCCGGGACCUGCGUCAACUGGAGAACUCCAAAUCUGUGCCCUGUUUUCUGUGACUACUAUAACUCACCCGGUGGCUGUGAAUGGCACUACAAACCCUGUGGAGCAGACUGCAUGAAGACGUGCAGAAAUCCAUCAGGAAACUGCUCCAAACUUAUCACCAAUAUGGAAGGCUGCUAUCCACAGUGUCCCCAAGCCCGACCUUUCUUUGAUGAAGACUCUAUGAAGUGUGUCGCCUGGGGCCAAUGUGGAUGUUAUGAUGACAAAGGCACCCAUUACAGCCAUGGACAACAGAUUCCAUCUGACAACUGUUACAUUUGCUCCUGUACAUUAUCUGGGAUAAAGUGCAGCUACAACAUCAGCUCUUGUACGUGCAUGAUAAAUGGAAAGAAUUACAACUAUGGAGAAACUAUCUACGACACAACGGAUGGACUUGGAAACUGCAUAACAGCUGAGUGUGGGGGCAAUGGAACCAUAGAAAGAAGCAUCUAUACGUGUUUACCAACUACGACAGUUAGCCCAACAACAUUCCCAUUUACAUUCAGCACAGGAACUACCACAUCAAAAGCUACAACAAUAAAAUCUUCAGGAACUACCACAUCAACAGCUACAACAAUAAGUGAAGGAACAACAAGGCCACCAAAGGCAGAAACCACUGGUCCAGUUACGUCCUCUACCACUUCAGUUGUUGAGAUCACAACUUCAGUUCCAGGUGUCAAGACAACCAGUCCUGAAACUCCAUUAGUGACAUCCAAGCCAUCGGUUAGCACCACAAUUAAAACACCUUCUUCAACCACAGGAUCUUCAGGAACCACUACAUCCAAGGCUACAACAAUAAGUGAAGGAACAACAAGGCCUCCAAAGGCAGAAACCACUGGUCCAGUUACGUCCUCUACCACUUCAACUGUUGAGAUCACAACUUCAGUUCCAGGUGUCAAAACAACCAGUCCUGAAACUCCAUUUGUGACAUCCAAGCCAACGGUUAGCACCACAAUUAAGACACCUUCUUCAACCACAGAAUCUUCAGAAACUACCACAUCAAAAGCUACAACAAUAAGUGAAGGAACAACAAGGCCACCAAAGGCAGAAACCACUGGUCCAGUUACGUCCUCUACCACUUCAACUGUUGAGAUCACAACUUCAGUUCCAGGUGUCAAGACAACCAGUCCUGAAACUCCAUUUGUGACAUCCAAGCCAUCGGUUAGUACCACAAUUAAAACACCUUCUUCAACCACAGAAUCUUCAGGAACCACUACAUCCAAGGCUUCAACAAUAAAAUCUUCAGGAACUACCACAUCAAAAGCUACAACAAUAAGUGAAGGAACAACAAGGCCACCAAAGGCAGAAACCACUGGUCCAGUUACGUCCUCUACCACUUCAGUUGUUGAGAUCACAACUUCAGUUCCAGGUGUCAAGACAACCAGUCCUGAAACUCCAUUUGUGACAUCCAAGCCAACGGUUAGCACCACAAUUAAAACACCUUCUUCAACCACAGAAUCUUCAGGAACCACUACAUCCAAGGCUUCAACAAUAAGUGAAGGAACAACAAGGCCUCCAAAGGCAGAAACCACUGGUCCACUUACGUCCUCUACCACUUCAACUGUUGAGAUCACAACUUCAGUUCCAGGUGUCAAGACAACCAGUCCUGAAACUCCAUUUGUGACAUCCAAGCCAACGCCAACGGUUAGCACCACAAUUAAAACACCUUCUUCAACCACAGAAUCUUCAGGAACUACCACAUCAAAAGCUACAACAAUAAGUGAAGGAACAACAAGGCCACCAAAGGCAGAAACCACUGGUCCAGUUACGUCCUCUACCACUUCAGUUGUUGAGAUCACAACUUCAGUUCCAGGUGUCAAGACAACCAGUCCUGAAACUCCAUUUGUGACAUCCAAGCCAACGGUUAGCACCACAAUUAAGACACCUUCUUCAACCACAGAAUCUUCAGGAACCACCACAUCAAAAGCUACAACAAUAAGUGAAGGAACAACAAGGCCACCAAAGGCAGAAACCACUGGUCCAGUUACGUCCUCUACCACUUCAGUUGUUGAGAUCACAACUUCAGUUCCAGGUGUCAAGACAACCAGUCCUGAAACUCCAUUUGUGACAUCCAAGCCAACGGUUAGCACCACAAUUAAGACACCUUCUUCAACCACAGAAUCUUCAGGAACCACCACAUCAAAAGCUACAACAAUAAGUGAAGGAACAACAAGGCCUCCAAAGGCAGAAACCACUGGUCCAGUUACGUCCUCUACCACUUCAAUUGUUGAGAUCUCAACUUCAGUUCCAGGUGUCAAGACAACCAGUCCUGAAACUCCAUUUGUGACAUCCAAGCCAACGGUUAGCACCACAAUUAAGACACCUUCUUCAACCACAGAAUCUUCAGGAACCACUACAUCCAAGGCUUCAACAAUAAGUGAAGGAACAACAAGGCCUCCAAAGGCAGAAACCACUGGUCCAGUUACGUCCUCUACCACUUCAAUUGUUGAGAUCACAACUUCAGUUCCAGGUGUCAAAACAACCAGUCCUGAAACUCCAUUUGUGACAUCCAAGCCAUCCGUUAGCACCACAAUUAAAACACCUUCUUCAACCACAGAAUCUUCAGGAACCACUACAUCCAAGGCUUCAACAAUAAGUGAAGGAACAACAAGGCCACCAAAGGCAGAAACCACUGGUCCAGUUACGUCCUCUACCACUUCAACUGUUGAGAUCACAACUUCAGUUCCAGGUGUCAAGACAACCAGUCCUGAAACUCCAUUUGUGACAUCCAAGCCAUCGGUUAGUACCACAAUUAAAACACCUUCUUCAACCACAGAAUCUUCAGGAACCACUACAUCCAAGGCUUCAACAAUAAGUGAAGGAACAACAAGGCCUCCAAAGGCAGAAACCACUGGUCCAGUUACGUCCUCUACCACUUCAACUGUUGAGAUUACACAUUCAGUUCCAGAUGUCAAGACAACCAGUCCUGAAACUCCAUUUGUGACAUCCAAGCCAACGGUUAGCACCACAAUUAAAACACCUUCUUCAACCACAGGAUCUUCAGAAACUACCACAUCAACAGCUUCAACAAUAAGUGAAGGAACAACAAGGCCUCCAAAGGCAGAAACCACUGGUCCAGUUACGUCCUCUACCACUUCAACUGUUGAGAUCACAACUUCAGUUCCAGGUGUCAAGACAACCAGUCCUGAAACUCCAUUUGUGACAUCCAAGCCAACGGUUAGCACCACAAUUAAGACACCUUCUUCAACCACAGAAUCUUCAGGAACCACCACAUCAAAAGCUACAACAAUAAGUGAAGGAACAACAAGGCCACCAAAGGCAGAAACCACUGGUCCAGUUACGUCCUCUACCACUUCAACUGUUGAGAUUACACAUUCAGUUCCAGAUGUCAAGACAACCAGUCCUGAAACUCCAUUUGUGACAUCCAAGCCAACGGUUAGCACCACAAUUAAAACACCUUCUUCAACCACAGAAUCUUCAGGAACUACCACAUCAAAAGCUACAACAAUAAGUGAAGGAACAACCAGGCCUCCAAAGGCAGAAACCACUGGUCCAGUUACGUCCUCUACCACUUCAAUUGUUGAGAUCACAACUUCAGUUCCAGGUGUCAAGACAACCAGUCCUGAAACUCCAUUUGUGACAUCCAAGCCAACGGUUAGCACCACAAUUAAGACACCUUCUUCAACCACAGAAUCUUCAGGAACCACUACAUCCAAGGCUUCAACAAUAAGUGAAGGAACAACAAGGCCUCCAAAGGCAGAAACCACUGGUCCAGUUACGUCCUCUACCACUUCAAUUGUUGAGAUCACAACUUCAGUUCCAGGUGUCAAAACAACCAGUCCUGAAACUCCAUUUGUGACAUCCAAGCCAUCCGUUAGCACCACAAUUAAAACACCUUCUUCAACCACAGAAUCUUCAGGAACCACUACAUCCAAGGCUUCAACAAUAAGUGAAGGAACAACAAGGCCUCCAAAGGCAGAAACCACUGGUCCAGUUACGUCCUCUACCACUUCAACUGUUGAGAUCACAACUUCAGUUCCAGGUGUCAAGACAACCAGUCCUGAAACUCCAUUUGUGACAUCUAAGCCAACGGUUAGCACCACAAUUAAAACACCUUCUUCAACCACAGGAUCUUCAGAAACUACCACAUCAACAGCUUCAACAAUAAGUGAAGGAACAACAAGGCCUCCAAAGGCAGAAACCACUGGUCCAGUUACGUCCUCUACCACUUCAACUGUUGAGAUCACAACUUCAGUUCCAGGUGUCAAGACAACCAGUCCUGAAACUCCAUUUGUGACAUCCAAGCCAACGGUUAGCACAACAAUUAAGACACCUUCUUCAACCACAGAAUCUUCAGGAACCACUACAUCCAAGGCUUCAACAAUAAGUGAAGGAACAACAAGGCCUCCAAAGGCAGAAACCACUGGUCCAGUUACGUCCUCUACCACUUCAACUGUUGAGAUCACAACUUCAGUUCCAGGUGUCAAGACAACCAGUCCUGAAACUCCAUUUGUGACAUCCAAGCCAACUGUUAGCACCACAAUUAAGACACCUUCUUCAACCACAGAAUCUUCAGGAACUACCACAUCAAAAGCUACAACAAUAAGUGAAGGAACAACCAGGCCUCCAAAGGCAGAAACCACUGGUCCAGUUACGUCCUCUACCACUUCAAUUGUUGAGAUCUCAACUUCAGUUCCAGGUGUCAAGACAACCAGUCCUGAAACUCCAUUUGUGACAUCCAAGCCAACGGUUAGCACCACAAUUAAGACACCUUCUUCAACCACAGAAUCUUCAGGAACCACUACAUCCAAGGCUUCAACAAUAAGUGAAGGAACAACAAGGCCUCCAAAGGCAGAAACCACUGGUCCAGUUACGUCCUCUACCACUUCAAUUGUUGAGAUCACAACUUCAGUUCCAGGUGUCAAGACAACCAGUCCUGAAACUCCAUUUGUGACAUCCAAGCCAACUGUUAGCACCACAAUUAAGACACCUUCUUCAACCACAGAAUCUUCAGGAACCACCACAUCAAAAGCUACAACAAUAAGUGAAGGAACAACAAGGCCACCAAAGGCAGAAACCACUGGUCCAGUUACGUCCUCUACCACUUCAAUUGUUGAGAUCUCAACUUCAGUUCCAGGUGUCAAGACAACCAGUCCUGAAACUCCAUUUGUGACAUCCAAGCCAUCCGUUAGCACCACAAUUAAGACACCUUCUUCAACCACAGAAUCUUCAGGAACCACUACAUCCAAGGCUUCAACAAUAAGUGAAGGAACAACAAGGCCUCCAAAGGCAGAAACCACUGGUCCAGUUACGUCCUCUACCACUUCAACUGUUGAGAUCACAACUUCAGUUCCAGGUGUCAAGACAACCAGUCCUGAAACUCCAUUUGUGACAUCCAAGCCAACGGUUAGCACCACAAUUAAGACACCUUCUUCAACCACAGAAUCUUCAGGAACCACUACAUCCAAGGCUUCAACAAUAAGUGAAGGAACAACAAGGCCUCCAAAGGCAGAAACCACUGGUCCAGUUACGUCCUCUACCACUUCAACUGUUGAGAUCACAACUUCAGUUCCAGGUGUCAAGACAACCAGUCCUGAAACUCCAUUUGUGACAUCCAAGCCAUCGGUUAGUACCACAAUUAAAACACCUUCUUCAACCACAGAAUCUUCAGGAACCACUACAUCCAAGGCUUCAACAAUAAGUGAAGGAACAACAAGGCCUCCAAAGGCAGAAACCACUGGUCCAGUUACGUCCUCUACCACUUCAACUGUUGAGAUUACACAUUCAGUUCCAGAUGUCAAGACAACCAGUCCUGAAACUCCAUUUGUGACAUCCAAGCCAACGGUUAGCACCACAAUUAAAACACCUUCUUCAACCACAGAAUCUUCAGGAACUACCACAUCAAAAGCUACAACAAUAAGUGAAGGAACAACAAGGCCACCAAAGGCAGAAACCACUGGUCCAGUUACGUCCUCUACCACUUCAACUGUUGAGAUCACAACUUCAGUUCCAGGUGUCAAGACAACCAGUCCUGAAACUCCAUUUGUGACAUCUAAGCCAACGGUUAGCACCACAAUUAAAACACCUUCUUCAACCACAGGAUCUUCAGAAACUACCACAUCAACAGCUUCAACAAUAAGUGAAGGAACAACAAGGCCUCCAAAGGCAGAAACCACUGGUCCAGUUACGUCCUCUACCACUUCAACUGUUGAGAUCACAACUUCAGUUCCAGGUGUCAAGACAACCAGUCCUGAAACUCCAUUUGUGACAUCCAAGCCAACGGUUAGCACCACAAUUAAGACACCUUCUUCAACCACAGAAUCUUCAGGAACCACUACAUCCAAGGCUUCAACAAUAAGUGAAGGAACAACAAGGCCUCCAAAGGCAGAAACCACUGGUCCAGUUACGUCGUCUACCACUUCAACUGUUGAGAUCACAACUUCAGUUCCAGGUGUCAAGACAACCAGUCCUGAAACUCCAUUUGUGACAUCCAAGCCAACGGUUAGCACCACAAUUAAGACACCUUCUUCAACCACAGAAUCUUCAGGAACCACCACAUCAAAAGCUACAACAAUAAGUGAAGGAACAACAAGGCCACCAAAGGCAGAAACCACUGGUCCAGUUACGUCCUCUACCACUUCAAUUGUUGAGAUCUCAACUUCAGUUCCAGGUGUCAAGACAACCAGUCCUGAAACUCCAUUUGUGACAUCCAAGCCAUCCGUUAGCACCACAAUUAAGACACCUUCUUCAACCACAGAAUCUUCAGGAACCACUACAUCCAAGGCUUCAACAAUAAGUGAAGGAACAACAAGGCCUCCAAAGGCAGAAACCACUGGUCCAGUUACGUCCUCUACCACUUCAACUGUUGAGAUCACAACUUCAGUUCCAGGUGUCAAGACAACCAGUCCUGAAACUCCAUUUGUGACAUCCAAGCCAACGGUUAGCACCACAAUUAAGACACCUUCUUCAACCACAGAAUAUUCAGGAACCACUACAUCCAAGGCUUCAACAAUAAGUGAAGGAACAACAAGGCCUCCAAAGGCAGAAACCACUGGUCCAGUUACGUCCUCUACCACUUCAACUGUUGAGAUCACAACUUCAGUUCCAGGUGUCAAGACAACAAGUCCUGAAACUCCAUUUGUGACAUCCAAGCCAUCGGUUAGUACCACAAUUAAAACACCUUCUUCAACCACAGAAUCUUCAGGAACCACUACAUCCAAGGCUUCAACAAUAAGUGAAGGAACAACAAGGCCUCCAAAGGCAGAAACCACUGGUCCAGUUACGUCCUCUACCACUUCAACUGUUGAGAUUACACAUUCAGUUCCAGAUGUCAAGACAACCAGUCCUGAAACUCCAUUUGUGACAUCCAAGCCAACGGUUAGCACCACAAUUAAAACACCUUCUUCAACCACAGAAUCUUCAGGAACCACUACAUCCAAGGCUUCAACAAUAAGUGAAGGAACAACAAGGCCUCCAAAGGCAGAAACCACUGGUCCAGUUACGUCCUCUACCACUUCAACUGUUGAGAUCACAACUUCAGUUCCAGGUGUCAAGACAACCAGUCCUGAAACUCCAUUUGUGACAUCCAAGCCAACGGUUAGCACCACAAUUAAGACACCUUCUUCAACCACAGAAUCUUCAGGAACAACCACAUCAAAAGCUACAACAAUAAGUGAAGGAACAACAAGGCCACCAAAGGCAGAAACCACUGGUCCAGUUACGUCCUCUACCACUUCAAUUGUUGAGAUCUCAACUUCAGUUCCAGGUGUCAAGACAACCAGUCCUGAAACUCCAUUUGUGACAUCCAAGCCAUCCGUUAGCACCACAAUUAAGACACCUUCUUCAACCACAGAAUCUUCAGGAACCACUACAUCCAAGGCUUCAACAAUAAGUGAAGGAACAACAAGGCCUCCAAAGGCAGAAACCACUGGUCCAGUUACGUCCUCUACCACUUCAACUGUUGAGAUCACAACUUCAGUUCCAGGUGUCAAGACAACCAGUCCUGAAACUCCAUUUGUGACAUCCAAGCCAUCGGUUAGUACCACAAUUAAAACACCUUCUUCAACCACAGAAUCUUCAGGAACCACUACAUCCAAGGCUUCAACAAUAAGUGAAGGAACAACAAGGCCUCCAAAGGCAGAAACCACUGGUCCAGUUACGUCCUCUACCACUUCAACUGUUGAGAUUACACAUUCAGUUCCAGAUGUCAAGACAACCAGUCCUGAAACUCCAUUUGUGACAUCCAAGCCAACGGUUAGCACCACAAUUAAAACACCUUCUUCAACCACAGAAUCUUCAGGAACUACCACAUCAAAAGCUACAACAAUAAGUGAAGGAACAACAAGGCCACCAAAGGCAGAAACCACUGGUCCAGUUACGUCCUCUACCACUUCAGUUGUUGAGAUCACAACUUCAGUUCCAGGUGUCAAGACAACCAGUCCUGAAACUCCAUUUGUGACAUCCAAGCCAACGGUUAGCACCACAAUUAAGACACCUUCUUCAACCACAGAAUCUUCAGGAACCACCACAUCAAAAGCUACAACAAUAAGUGAAGGAACAACAAGGCCACCAAAGGCAGAAACCACUGGUCCAGUUACGUCCUCUACCACUUCAAUUGUUGAGAUCUCAACUUCAGUUCCAGGUGUCAAGACAACCAGUCCUGAAACUCCAUUUGUGACAUCCAAGCCAUCCGUUAGCACCACAAUUAAGACACCUUCUUCAACCACAGAAUCUUCAGGAACCACUACAUCCAAGGCUUCAACAAUAAGUGAAGGAACAACAAGGCCUCCAAAGGCAGAAACCACUGGUCCAGUUACGUCCUCUACCACUUCAACUGUUGAGAUCACAACUUCAGUUCCAGGUGUCAAGACAACCAGUCCUGAAACUCCAUUUGUGACAUCCAAGCCAUCCGUUAGCACCACAAUUAAAACACCUUCUUCAACCACAGAAUCUUCAGGAACCACUACAUCCAAGGCUUCAACAAUAAGUGAAGGAACAACAAGGCCACCAAAGGCAGAAACCACUGGUCCAGUUACGUCCUCUACCACUUCAACUGUUGAGAUCACAACUUCAGUUCCAGGUGUCAAAACAACCAGCCCUGAAACUCCAUUUGUGACAUCCAAGCCAACGGUUAGCACCACAAUUAAAACACCUUCUUCAACCACAGAAUCUUCAGGAACCACUACAUCCAAGGCUUCAACAAUAAGUGAAGGAACAACAAGGCCACCAAAGGCAGAAACCACUGGUCCAGUUACGUCCUCUACCACUUCAACUGUUGAGAUCACAACUUCAGUUCCAGGUGUCAAAACAACCAGCCCUGAAACUCCAUUUGUGACAUCCAAGCCAACGGUUAGCACCACAAUUAAAACACCUUCUUCAACCACAGAAUCUUCAGGAACCACUACAUCCAAGGCUUCAACAAUAAGUGAAGGAACAACAAGGCCACCAAAGGCAGAAACCACUGGUCCAGUUACGUCCUCUACCACUUCAACUGUUGAGAUCACAACUUCAGUUCCAGGUGUCAAAACAACCAGCCCUGAAACUCCAUUUGUGACAUCCAAGCCAUCUGUUAGUACCACAGUCAAAGCAACAAGUUUGAGUUCCCAUAGUACCAUAUCAACGACAGUACUUCCCACUACCAGGGAGGAACUCCUAACAUCUACUUUAGAAACUACACCAAAAAUAACAAUAGUAAGCACAGAAACAACAAUUCAACCCAAGAAUGUUUCAACAAUUUAUACCACAGUAGUUCUUCAAACUUCAACUUCAGUUCCAGUGGUCUCAACCAAAAGCUUGGAAACAACUGUUCCCGUUUUCACUGGAUCUUCCUUUUCAUCAUCUCCAAUCACAAAGCCUUCUAUUUUGAACACAACACGCGUUUUGGUUUCAACUUUUACCACAACAAAGUCUCCCGGAGGUACAACUAUCAUUGGGCCUAUAACGAAGACACUUCCAGGCACAACAAAAAUUGACACAACCAUCCAACCAACAGGAUCUACUGUCCUUUCGUCAACACAGUACACCACCAGUCCACCGUGUCUGUGUGUUGUGGAUGGUACUCCCUAUCAUUCUGGGGACGUUUUGUACAACGUUACUGAUGGCUUAGGGUGGUGUUAUGUUGCAUUUUGCAAUGCACACUGUAAAGUUGAGACACAAUCAAUCCCAUGCCCUACUACACCACCAGUUACUAGCACCGUUCCACCGUCUACCACCCCAGUGUCUGGGACAACGACAAAGGCCACAAUUUCAAGCUCAGCUACCUCAACCACAACAGCUCCUACCUUUACAUCUACCACAGCAAACACUCCAACUACAGCUUCCCUGGACUGCGAUUAUGUAUCUCCACCAAAAAAGAACGGAGAGUCCUGGAAGGUUGACCAAUGCACCACAGCUACUUGUAUUGAUGGCAAGAUCACAGAGUUACCCGCCACCUGUCCUCCAGUACAACAACCCAUCUGCACCAACGGACGCCAAGUUGUCGCCGUCUCUGAUGAGAGCGGCUGUUGCUUUCACUAUGAAUGUGAAUGUGUGUGCAGUGUUUGGACUGGAGCCCACUUCAUUACAUUUGAUGGAAAAUCGUACAAUUUCAACGAGAACUGUUCUUACUAUCUGGUUAAAGAGAUCAUCUCUAAAUAUAAUCUAACUAUUACAAGAAGUCAUGACUGCUAUCCUUCAGACAGUCUAUUCUGUCCUGUGGCUCUCACCGUGACAUAUAAAUCCACCCAGGUAGUUUUAACUCAGGUGAAGACUUCAGGAACUACAGUUAACGCGGUAUUUAUAAACCAGAAACGUAUCUAUCCAGCGUUUGGCAAUUCUGUUGUAGUCCUCACUAGCACAGAUAUGGUGACCACGUUGCUGAUACCGGAGAUCAACGCUAAAAUAAUCUACAGAAGCUCCUCAUUCAACAUUGACCUGCCCUUUUCCCUGUUUGGAGGAAACACAGAGGGACAGUGUGGUACCUGUGACAACUCCCAGGCCAAUGACUGCCGUUCUCCAAAUGGUCAGGUGGAAAGUUGCUCAGAUUCUGCAGGCCAGUGGGAAGUCCCCGGUACCCCCUGUGUUACCCCAUCACCCGCCCCGGUUUCUACAGCAACACCUACAACCUCAACAAAGUCCCCGGGAUCAACAACUCCAGCCUGCAAACCUGCCAUCUGUGAUCUCCUCACCAGCAGUGUAUUUGGACCUUGUCACACGGCCAUACCCCCUGGACCAUUUGCGACGUCAUGUGCUUAUGAAGUCUGCAACGGUGGCAAUAACUCCUGCAGCAGUUUGGAGGCCUACGCCACCGAGUGUGCAAAUGCAGGAGUCUGUAUUGACUGGAGGAAUUCUACCAAUGGGCUGUGUGAGCACACGUGUCCAGGCAACAAAGUGUACAUGCCCUGUGGUACGUCAGUAGAAUUGACAUGCAAUGAAAGAUACAACAAAAAGUUCCAGGCGGACAGCGAUACAUCCACAAACUACAACAAGGAAGGUUGCUUUUGCCCUCAAGGAACUACCUUGUUUAACACAGUGUAUGACACUUGUGUUGCCUCUUGUGAUUGUGUUGGACCUGAUGGAAAACCCAAACAGCCAGGUGACACGUGGUUAAGUGAAUGCAACAUCUGCGAGUGUGACGAGGACUCGAUGAGCGUCCAUUGUCAGCCUGUUGAGUGUCCACCAGUGCAGAGUCCCAACUGUAGCGAGCCAGGCCAGCAGCUGUCCAACAAAACAGAGGGCUGCUGCACAACACAGACAUGUGAAUGCGUUGCAAACUUGUGUCCAACGCCAGUUACCUGCCCACUGGGAUUCCAGCUCAGCGUCACCAGUGGCACCUGCUGCCAGUCCUACAAGUGUGUGCCUAAAGGUGUAUGUGUCUAUAACAUGACGGAGUUCCAGCCUGGUGCAAAGAUACCAACCCCAGACUCACCAAUAGAAUCAGUUCUGGAAGCACCGUCGAGAACAACCCUCUCAUUAGAAACGACACCAGAAACUGUAUCAGAGGAGUCGCUCAAACCCGGGCCCUGCCAGGAAUGUUACUGUGGCCCCAAAAUGGAUCCCAUCACUCAGCUGCACAUCAUUACUUGCAAACCUCUGGUCUGCAACACAAGCUGCCCCGAGGGUUCUGAGUACGAGAGCAGCCCGGUCUCGUGCUGUGGGAAGUGUGUCCAGAGGAGCUGUAUUCUCACCACGCCAAACAAUCUAACAGUAGAAAUUGAGGUGGAUGGCACUUAUGUACCACCUGAUGACAAGUGUGUACAGUAUACCUGUGAAAAGGUAAACGACCAGAUCACCACGAAGGAAACCAGAACCACCUGUCCUCCCUUUAACCCGUCGGACUGUGAACCUGGUACCGAGACAACCGAUGCCGCGGGCUGCUGCAAAAGCUGCAAACUGCGAACCGUCUGUGAAGUUCACAGUAGCCAGACGACCGUGGAGGUGAACGGCUGCGUCAGCGCAGAGCUGGUCAACGUAACGUCCUGCGUCGGAACCUGCGGAAGCUCUUCCAUGUACUCUUGGGCCGCCAACACCAUGGAGCACCGGUGUCAGUGCUGCCGGGAGGCCACCAGCAGCCAGCGGCAGGUGACGCUCACCUGCACCGACGGCUCCAAGCUCCAGCACAGCUACACCCAGGUGGAAACGUGUCACUGCACCAAAGCGUGUGCAGCCGACACGACGCCCAAACCGCAGCGCCGCAGAAGACGCUGAGCUCAGCUCACAGCUUCAGCCACCAGAGCUUACUCUGCUCAGGCUGUGUAAUUUAUAACAUGUUCUUUUUCAGUGUCACAAUAUGCAUGUGUGACAGAAACUUCCUUCAAGCUUACUCUGUCAUUAUUAAAAUAUUUCUGCAACUAACGUUU